AUGCCCAAGUAUUUCCCCAGCUGCCAGGCCUUCCAGGAAUGGUGCAUGGUGGUGACUGGGUAUGGGGAUGCAGGGGAGCCCUCGUGGGGUGCCAGGUUCCUGGGGGAAGCCAAGGUCCCACUCCGAGAGGUCCUCGCCACCCCUAGUCUGUCCGCCAGCUUCAAUGCCCCCCUGCUGGACACCAAGAAGCAGCCCACAGGGGCCUCGCUGGUCCUGCAGGUGUCCUACACACCGCUGCCUGGAGCUGUGCCCCUGUUCCCGCCCCCUACUCCUCUGGAGCCCUCCCCGACUCUGCCUGACCUGGAUGUAGUGGCAGGCGGGGGACAGAGCCGGGCCGAGACUUGGUCCCUGCUCAGUGACAGCACCAUGGACACGAGAUACUCUGGAAAGAAGUGGCCGGCCCCCAUGGACACAGGGGGAGAGGAAGACACAGAGGACCAGGGACUCACUGGAGAUGAGACAGAGCCAUUCCUGGAUCAAAGUGGAGGCCCAGGGGCUCCCACCACCCCAAGGAAACUACCUUUGCAUCCUCCACCCCACUACCCCGGGAUCAAAAGAAAGCGAAGUGCACCUACAUCUAGAAAGCUGCUGUCAGACAAACCGCAGGACUUCCAGAUUAGGGUCCAGGUGAUCGAGGGGCGCCAGCUGCCGGGGGUGAACAUCAAGCCUGUGGUCAAGGUUACCGCUGCGGGGCAGACCAAGCGGACACGGAUCCACAAGGGAAACAGCCCACUCUUCAAUGAGACUCUUUUCUUCAACUUGUUUGACUGUCCCGCGGAGCUGUUUGAUGAGCCCAUCUUUAUCACGGUGGUAGACUCCCGUUCUCUCAGGACAGAUGCUCUCCUUGGGGAGUUCCGGAUGGAUGUGGGCACCAUUUACAGAGAGCCCCGGCACGCCUAUCUCAGGAAGUGGCUGCUGCUCUCAGAUCCUGAUGACUUCUCUGCUGGGGCCAGAGGUUACCUGAAAACAAGUCUUUGUGUGCUGGGGCCUGGGGAUGAAGCGCCUCUGGAGAGAAAAGACCCCUCUGAAGACAAGGAGGACAUUGAAAGCAACCUGCUCCGGCCCACAGGCGUGGCCCUGCGAGGAGCCCACUUCUGCCUGAAGGUCUUCCGGGCUGAGGACUUGCCACAGAUGGACGAUGCCGUGAUGGACAACGUGAAACAGAUCUUUGGCUUUGAGAGUAACAAGAAGAACUUGGUGGACCCCUUUGUGGAGGUCAGCUUUGCGGGGAAAAUGUAUUAUCCAAGAUGUGACCCAUACUUGAUUUGGCCAAGUUACUAAGAAGAUAGGCGUGUG